CCGGUCAGACACAUGCUGACGUAGGAUACCAUUAGGGGAUUCUAGUGCAGAUAAAGUCUGCCUUACUCAUGAGCGGAUCAUUCGUCAAUGAGGAGAGAGUUGACGAUGGUAGAUUAACACGUGCACGAUCAAGUAGGAUCCCGUAUGUGUUCAGGACCCUAGACGAGGGAGAAGAAAGACGGCUUCGUGCCGAACGCAGAGCCCGUGCUUUCGCAGCAUCAAGAGAAGCAGCAAACCUUGCAGCUAGGGAACAGGCUGCAGCAGCAGCCAGGGCAGCAGCCAUGACUUCUUCAGCAGCAUCCUCCGCUGCAACUUCUGCUGCGUUCUCGUCUGGACCCCAGUUUGGAAUGCCAACAGGGUCCACGGGCACUUCCAGGUCAACAGGUUCUAGACAAUCUACAAGUCAAAUGGCGGGCUCGCAGUACAGCCCAUUGACUCCUCGCGAAAGGGAGAUGAGAGAGCUCCAACAGGUCGAAAGGAUCCGUCCACAGUUAGAGAAGGAUCUGAAAGAGGCUAUCGAUAGAGAAAAAGAGAUAAAGAAUAGAACAGCCAGGCUUGAAACGUUAGAGUCUGACAAGGCUGACUUGGAGGGCUUAGACGAUUCAGGAAUGAAUGAGCCCAUGAAAGUGUUGAGGAACAACAUGUUGUCGCUGCAUGCGCAUGUGGACAGCAAAUUGGACUUCAUGCAGAGCACUUUGGACCAGAUCCUGGACAUCCUAACAAGGCCAGGAUUUAGGCCACCAGCACAAUCGCCGUUGCCGUUAUCGGCGAUGUCAGGUCCUUUUCCAGUUCAAGCUGGUUCACAACCAAGUGGUACAUCUGCAGCUGACGCACAGACUAUUGCAUCUUCUUCUUCGGGUCCAGUGGUGAUUGCUGCAUCACCACAACAACCUGUUCAGUCAACUGGACAGCCGCAAGGUCAAUGGUAUCCCAAGACCCCAAUGAAACCACCUCUUGCCUUCUCAGGCGAGAGAAAGGACGAGGAACUCAACACAUGGUUGAGGACGGUCCCGGUUUGGGUGAAGGCCAAAAGGACCUUGCCAGAGGAUGAGGUGGUGACUGCGGCAUCUUACCUAGAGGGUAAAGCAGCCAAGUGGCUAGAUAGUGUAGUUGUGAAGGUCGGGUACGGGCAACGCAUGGUGGAUUGGGCUAAGUCUUUGACCUUAGACCAAUUCAUGGAGAUGGUAGAAGCUCGAUGGCAUAACCCACAGGAGGCUCAAAAGGCCACUGAUGCCAUUAAUAAACUUGAUUACCGUGGAGGGCCUGAUCCUCGUCCCGAGCAUCAACUACAGUGACCAGUUCCUGUUAACAACUUUUGUUAGAUGUCUUCCAGAGAACAUCAGGAACUUACUGGCCAGUGAGGCACGCACCGAGUACCACUCGUUUGAGACAUUGCCUAGAAAGGCCUUAGACUUAGAGGCAACACUAG